GAUGUAGAAUCGAGCAGCUCCCAAAAAAAGCCUAAAAAAGCUUCCUUUUUUAUUUUCCUGUCUCGCUUUUAGGUUCUCAAAAACCCUAGCUUUCAUCGUCUCUCUCCUCAGAUCUCGAAAUUGAUUGAAGGAGAGAGAGAAAGCGAGAUGGAGCUCUCGUUUGCUAAAGUUAGAAAGAAGGCGAUGAACAUCUUCAGGAAGAAAACCUCAGCCAAAGAGGCGCUUAGAUCGAGCAAGAGGGAAAUGUCCGUGGCCACUAGAAAUGUUGAGAGAGAGAUCGCAUGCCUGCAGUUGGAGGAGAAGAAGCUGGUCGCAGAGAUUAAAAAGACUGCGAAAACGGGAAAUGAGGCUGCCACUAGGAUCUUGGCUCGCCAACUUAUACGUCUGAGGCAGCAAAUCACAAAUCUGCAGGGAACUCGUGCACAGAUAAGAGGAGUAGCAACUCAUACACAGGCUAUGUAUGCAAGUACUUCAAUCUCUGUUGGAAUGAAAGGGGCAAGUAAAGCAAUGGGAGCAAUGAACAAGCAAAUGGAACCAGCAAAACAGGUUAAAGUGAUGAGAGAAUUCCAGAAGCAAUCAGCCCAAAUGGACAUGACGCUUGAGAUGAUGUCUGAGGCAAUUGAUGAAACGUUGGAUAAAGAUGAACAAGAAGAAGAAACUGAGGAGCUAACCAACCAGGUGCUUGAUGAAAUUGGAGUUGACAUUGCCUCCCAGUUAUCUUCAGCUCCUAAGGGUCGGAUUGCAAUGAAUAAGAGAAAUGCCGCACCUGCUCUGGCCCCUGCAGCUCAUGACGUGGAUGAUUUGGAGAAGAGGCUGGCGUCAUUGAAGUCCAAGUAGCAAAAUAAAUUUAGUUAAAACUAUUAUACAUGCUUGUACGAUAUGCUUAUCUUAAGUUGUUUCUGUGUUUUUUUUUUCUAUAGAAGAGUGACGGUAUAUAUAUUCUUUAUAAGUCCUAUGUAUAACGAAACACUAGUAUAAUGAAGCAGUAGGGUGUCUUCGGUUCGGAUA